AUGAAGGAAGCCCUGGAAAAUUCAAUUCGUGACAAUUUUAAAGAAAACAUUGAUGAGAAUCAAAUAAAGAUUGAGCAUGACCAAUUGGAAGAUGAAGUUAAAAGGCUUACCGCCCAAGCGUACAAAUUAAGCUUAUUUAAUAAAGAUGUAGUGCAGGAUAAGAUGGUGUUAUUGAAUCUUGCUAUGGAUGCCUUGAAUGAGCUUUUUAGGCUGUAUGAGAAUGAUAAACCUCUUUGGGUAAGCAGUUUGGAUGGAGGUGGAGAAACGUUAAAUAUUAAGGAAUAUGCUCGAUUGUUUUCCCCAUUAAUUGGCACGAAACCUGAGCAUUUCACAACGGAAGCCACAAGGGCAUCAGAUACAGUGGUUGAGACUAGUUUGGCAUUGGUGAAUACAAUAAUGGGUAAGAGGCAGUGGGUAGAGAUGUUUCCAUGCAUUGUUGGAAAAACAUAUACUACUGAUGUGAUUUCCACUGGCAUAGGUGGAAAUAAGAGCGGUUCUCUGUUAUUGAUUAAAAUCGAAUUGCAAAUCAUUUCUGACCUAGUUUAUGUUCGCGAAGUAAAAUUUCUUCGCUUCUGUAAGAAACAUGCUGAAGGUGUCUGGGCUAUCGUCGAUGUGUCUGUUGACACAAUUCAAGAAGGUUCACAACAGAGCGAAAAUGAAAAUUGUCGAAGGUUCCCAUCUGGCUAUAUUUUACAAGAUAUGCCAAAUGGUUAUUGGCAGGGUGAUGAUUCUGGUGCUAAUCGAGUGAUCUUGCAAGAUACUUGCAUGGAUGCAACUGGAUCUCUUUUGGUUUAUGCUACAAUUGAUUCACAAGAAAUUAAUACCGUGAUGAAAGGGGGAGACUCUUCUUGUGUGACUCUCUUCUCAAAUGGAAUAACAAUAGUCCUGGAUUGUUUUCAAGAUGUUUUUACAACUAAUAACUAUAAUGUUAUUUCUGGGGAGAUGAAUAAUGGGUUCGGUGGUGGAUCGUUGGUGAUUAUCAGCUUUCAAAUGGUGGGGAACAUCUUUCCAGCUACAACUCUUUCUAUGGAGUUGGUCAAAGAAGCAAAUGCACUCAUCUCACAAACAAUUCAUAAGAUCAAGAGUGCUCUUAAAUGCAAGUGA